CUUAUAAAAGACACGCGUCUCCCUACAACAGUCAUUGGCAACUUGGAACUCCUCCAAUCACGAUGCUUGCCUCCCUAACCCUGCUGGUGUCAGCCGCCACAGUCUGUCUCGCUGAUCAUACCUUUCACGUUGAGAACCACUGUUCCUAUACAGUGUGGGCCGCCGCCUACGGAAACAAUGGCCAGACACCGCUAGGAGGCGGAUGGGAGAUGAGAGCUGGCGCCCGUAGGUCGUUUACCGUGGUGGAUCAUUGGAAUGGUCGUAUUUGGGGGAGAACCCAUUGUACGGGAAGUGGACAAUGUCAGACUGGCGAUUGCGGAGGCAUACAGUGUAACGGACGGACAGGCAGACCCCCAGCAACGCUCGCCGAGUUCACCCUGGAUGGAUGGGGAGGAGAGGACUUUUACGAUUUGAGUUUAGUGGAUGGGUUCAACAUUAUGAUGACUAUCCAACCAGUAGCUGGCUCCUACGACACUAAUCACCACGGACAGUACUAUUGUGCCAGGGCGGGAUGCUACACCGACUUAAACCAGCAAUGUCCUGGAGAGCAAAGACAAAUCUAUGGAGGCCAAGUGAUUGCAUGCAAGAGCGCAUGUGAAGCUACUGGACGGGACGACUACUGCUGUCGUAACGCACACAACACGCCACAAACGUGCCCAUCAUUCCCCGGCGCCGAUUUCUUCAAAAGCAGGUGUCCUGAAGCAUAUAGUUAUGCAUACGAUGACCACAAAAGUACAUUUACAUGUAGAGGCAAUCCAAAGACCGCUUAUACGGUCAGGUUCUGUUAAAUGUCUGGUAAUUAAACAUAUGUUUUAACAUUGGAA